UUAUUGAGCUGCCAAAAAGCAAUCAAGAUGAAGUGAAGUGAUUACAGACCUGAAGAUUAGCAGAAAAAACAGAAAACAGAAGGUGAAUCCGAGUUUUGAAAAUGACCUUACCGACGAAGUAUAGUUUUACCAUAUUUCGUAAUCUAAGGAAGUGUAUGAAGCAAAAAGAUGGACUUAUGUCUCGUCUUUAUUCAUCAGAAGCUACUUUCCAGACAAAGCCAUACAAACUUCAUCAGUUAGAUAGUGGACCUUCUUCUGAUGUUAAAGUCACAAAAGAAGAUGCUUUAAAGUAUUACAGAGAUAUGAUGACUAUUCGUCGCAUGGAAACUGCGGCAAAUAGUUUGUACAAAGAAAAAAUUAUUCGUGGUUUCUGUCAUUUAUAUUCAGGCCAAGAAGCAUGUGCCGUGGGAAUGGAAGCUGCUAUCCGGAAGUCAGAUGCUGUUAUUACUUCUUACAGGGCUCAUGGUUGGACUUAUCUGAGAGGUGUUAGUGUGAAAGGUGUUUUGUGUGAAUUAACGGGAAGAGAACCAGGUUGUGCAAAAGGUAAAGGUGGAUCUAUGCAUAUGUAUAACUAUAACUUCUAUGGAGGAAAUGGCAUUGUAGGAGCUCAGGUUCCUCUUGGAGCUGGUAUAGCUUUUGCUUUGAAGUAUCUUGGACGUGAUGAUAUAUGUUUAGCUCUGUAUGGUGAUGGUGCAGCCAACCAAGGACAAGUCUUUGAAGCAUAUAACAUAGCAAAAUUAUGGAGUUUGCCAGUUAUAUUCAUAUGUGAAAACAAUGGAUUUGGUAUGGGCACAAGUGUUGAAAGGGCUUCUGCUUCAACUGAUUACUAUACUAGAGGUGAUUACAUUCCUGGCAUAUGGGUGGAUGGAAUGGAUGUUUUGGCUGUCAGAGAAGCAACGGAAUUUGCUGCUAAUAUUUGCCGAACUGGGAAAGGUCCAUUAGUCAUGGAAGUUGCAACAUAUCGUUACCAUGGGCAUAGUAUGAGCGAUCCAGGAACAAGUUAUCGUACUCGUGAGGAAGUGCAAGAGGUUCGACAAACAAGAGAUCCCAUAACAUCUUUCAGGGAAAAAAUUAUUAGUACUAAUUUGGUAACAGCUGAUGAAUUGAAGAAAAUUGACCAGGAAGUUCGAAAAGAAGUGGAAGAAGCAGUCACAGCUGCAAAAACAUCAAAUGAAAUUUCAGUUGAUGAAUUGUAUGCAGAUAUAUAUGUAGACCCAAUUAAUACAAAAAUUAGAGGAAUCACCCCAUUUACAGAACAUCAACAUAAAAGGCUUGCAACACCUCAAAAUUUAUAAAAAAAAAAAAAAGUAAAUAAAGAAAACCCUUUUAUUUGAAUAUAUUUAGUUGUUAAUAAAGAUUUCUAAGUUGUUUUUUAAGUGUUAUGAAGAUUUCAGUUGUAUGACUACCCUUGAAAAGUCGCUUGAAAAAGUAAAUCAAUUUAUGUAUUUUGUAAAAAAUUAAGGACAGAUUGUUAUGAUGUGUUUAAGUAUCAAAACUUCAAGAACUUUAUUCCAGCUUCAUGAAAUGUAAUGAAUUAAUUUCAUCAUGAUAUGCAUUAUAUAUGAAAAGUAUUCACUAAAAAGUAUCAUCCCUUUGUAACUUCUAUUAAAGUUGUCUUUUUCUAGCCUUUAAAAUAGUCUUGUGUUAAUAGCUGCCCCAAAAUGUAAUAAAUAUGUAACCUAGUGCCCAAAAUGUAACAUAGUCUUGUGUUAAUAGCUGUCCCCAAAUGUACCAUACAAAGUGUAGGUAUGUUUCUUAUUAUUACAAAAUAUUGUUUUUGCCAGCAUGUAAGUUAAAUGCAUUGUAAAAUUGUCUUACCUUCCCAUGUAAUAUCAGUUAAUCACCAUGCUAAAUUUAUGAUACUAAAGGAACAAUUUGAGAUCAUUAAAUUAUAAAGCCUAAUAAAAUAUGUCGUGCAAAAA